UAAGAUUUGUUUAGAGAGACGUGAAAAGUAAAAAAAAAAUUUCUUCACAGUUCUAUUUUUUCCAAAAUAUUAAACAUAUUAAAAAAAUGGAAAUUCUUGACAAAUUAAAAGAUCAAGGCUGGUACUUGACAGAAGAUGGAUUAAAAAAAUUACCGGACAACAACGAUCUGAAGAAAAUUAUUUCCGCCGCCCUCGAUUUUGAUUUUCGUGAAAUAGCUGGCGGCGCUCUGCCACCCGAGCUAUCGAAAAAAGAUGAAUCUUUCCCAGGGAAUAUUGUUCUCCAAGUUCAACGUAUUCGUAAUAUAUCCGCGCCAAAGGCUAACGAAGAUUCCAAAGCCGCACCUAGAUUCUUACAAAUUGAAUUGUCCGAUGGCGUGACUCUUAUGCAAGCUCUCGAAUUGGAACACAUUUCUGUGUUGUCAAUGAACACUCCGCCCGGCACCAAAAUCCAUUUUAAAUGCAAACAAAUUCCUUUAAUGCAAGGAAUGAUUGUUAUGAAACCUGUCGACAUUCAGGUUUUGGGUGGCAAAGUUGCGGCUUUGGUUGAGAAAUGGGAAAUGACAAGGUCAUUGCAAAAGUAUGCCAAAUCGGGUAGGCAACAUACUGGCACGGGUUCGGGUCCACCACCAUGGAUUGCAUUUGGCCAAAAGAUGCAACAACCUGUUAAUAAUGAUAAGAAUUUUAAGAGCUUGGCCCAGGUGGAAAAGGAGAAGGAAAGUGGCAAGGAAAAUGAUGAGUUUAAUGCGAUGAGGAGUGAAGCUAUUGCGGAGGCUGCCAAAGUUGGUGGCAAGAAGAUAUUUGGAGGUGGCAACCAUCAAAUACUUGAUCAUAAUGUGAAAAAGAUUCUUGAAAAAGGAUUUACUGAAGAAGAGGCUAAGAAUGCCUUACGACAAACUGGAAAUAGCCUUGAAAGAGCUUUGUAUAAUCUCAAACGUCGUUCGGAUGAUUUUAAAAAUCGAGAAGAUUUUCGCGAUAAAUUCAAGUCUGCUCCGAUGGGUGGAAAUAAGAGAGGUUCCAAGGAAAUUGGUAGCAAACGUGGGAAGGAAGUUGAAGUUGCUGGAACAGCUAAACCGGCUGCUAAUGUAUCACUGUUUGAUUUUCUCACCGAUAAACUGCCAAGUAACGCGGAACAAACACCAACGUUAUCCCAAUCCUCAACCACAACAACAACAACCACCGCAGCACCGCCAUUUGCCUCCCAUAGUAACUCAUCGCACCAGAGUUACUCGUCACGUCCAAUGACCAAAGCCGGCAGUGAACCAUCUUCCUCUACCACCACCAAACCGUAUUACAAUUCCUCGUCAAAUUCGAAUACAUCAUACCACGAUCGUAAGCAGCAGCAGCAACAACAACACCAGAACCACCAUCAGCAGCAGCCGCAAAUUCAUCAAAAUCAUGACAGCAGUUCGUCGGUUAAAUCUCAAGAGCAAAAUAACCACACCUCGAACUCGAAUCGACCGAAAUUUGAAAAUAAUCUCUCAUCGAGCUUUGCCACCCGAAAUAGUUCACAUCCCAAUGAAGAGCGUUACAAUCGAUAUUCGAAUUCGAGCCGUGGCGGACGUGGUGGUAGUGUUGGUGGAAACACGGGAGGUACUGGUGGAAGUGGAAAUCCAUUCCAUGGUAGACCAAAUCAGCCAUUUGAAGAGAGUUCCGAACGACAUCGCGAUCAGAAGACUAGUUCUGGCUACAGCAGUGGUAGAGGCGGUGGGCGUGGCUCACAGCAUAAUAAUAAUAAUUAUUCUGGUGGUCGCGGAGGAUCCUCAAGCGGUGGAUAUGAUAAUCGAAGGUAUAACGAUUAUCACAAUCAGAAAGAUCAGCAGAAUCAACAUCGCCAUGAAAAUCGACAGGAUCAACAACCGCAACGGAAUGGUUAUGAGCAAAAAACGGCUGCUAAUGGGAAAGAAGCGACAACAUCACGCUACCAACAGCAGAAGGAAAACUCCACAAACUAUCAGCAUAACAGUGGAAACAAUCGCCAGAGUUAUGAUAACAAUCGGCAGCAGUCUGGUUAUAAUGCUUCUUCAAACCAGAACAACAACAACAAUAACACAAGCCAUAAUGCAACCCAUAACACUAACAGUAGCUCGAAUAACAACUCCAACAACAAUGAGCACACAGCCCGCGUAAAUAAGCUUGUCGAGAGUACAUCCAAGAUGAAAAUCGAAAAGACUCGAUCAGGGCCAUCAUCAUCUAGGAGCCAUAAUCAACAACAGCAGCAGCAACCCCAACAACAGCAACAGCAGCAUCAUCAACGACAUCAUCAGCAGCAGCAGAAUUAUGCUCAACAACAACACCAACAACAACAGCAGCAACAACAACAACAGUCGAAACAACAACAACAACAAUACCAACAACCACCACCAAUGAAUUCGACAACAACCCAAAAGUUACAACAAACUUUCGGACCGCUGCCAAAUGGUUUCAACUAUGAUCCCAGUAAAAUAAUCGGUUUCCAAGCCAAGGAAACCAAUGAAUUUGCUUUAACCCUGCUCAAGAGCCAGGGUGUCCCAACAGGACCACCAUCGCAAGUCGGAGUAGUCCCACCAUCAGUGGCGGCGCAGCAGCCACAAUUCCUUUCAGGACCACCUCCAUCGGCUAUGCAUAUGGCCCCACAACCAUUUACCACUACCACGUAUGUGGUUCCCCAAGGUGUUGCACCACCCACGCAUUCCCCGUCAGCAUUUGGUAUGAUUCCCGGUGAAAAUUGGAAUUGGAAAAUUGGUGAUCGAUGUUUGGCUAAAUAUUGGGAUGAUGGAAGGUACUAUGAAGCUGAGAUUACAGGAAUAUCUGAUAAAACUUGUGUUGUUUUAUUCCUUGGCUAUGGUAAUCAUGAGGAAGUCUUAAAAACUGAUUGUCUUCCGAUUACCGAUGCUCAAAAUCGGACGAUUAAUUUUUCGAAUAAUAAUAUGCAACAUGUUCCGCCAGUUUCUGUUGCCCCUCAACAACAGCAACAUCAACAGCAGCAACAACAACAGCAGUCGUCAAUGCUUAGCCGUGGUGUUCCAAAUCGUUAUCGUGGCGAGAGACAAGUUUAUGUUCCACCUCCAAAGAGAGAUAAUUAAUGGUAGAUCCUAGCCCCAUUCCUGUCAAUUGAUUUAAAAUAAAAAAGAAAAUUAAAAAAAAAAAUUAAGUACGUUGAUAAUCUCCCCCCUCUCGCCCCUUCUUCUCAGCAAA